CCGGCGGCGCUGGAUGCAGCCCGGCCUCGGAGGGCGGCGCGGCGGCCGCGGCCCCUGGGGACAUGUACCUGCUGGACGGCAGCGGCGAACCCGCGUCUUCGUCCGCGGACGCGAUGUCGCGCGGGACGCCCCCCAGGAAGACCGUCUACCGCAUCUCGGUGACCAUGGUCAGGAAGGAGCAGCUGGCCGCUCCGGCUCCGCGUCCUACUCGGCGGCCCCGGCCCGCGCGCUCCCCGGAGGCGCCCGGGCGGCUGGACGAGGAGGCCGAGGAGGCGGCGGCUGAGGAUCCUGAGAUCGGGCCGCGCGCCUGGGACUUCCGCGCCUUUCGCACACGCAGCACCGGGCAGCUGGAGCUCGGGCGGCUGCGGCCGUGCGCACGCGGCGCGGAGCCCGCGGACCUGAUGGGCAGCCCCACGGCUGAGGGGCCCAGCAGUCCUGACGGGGAGGAGGCUCGAGCCGCGCCCCUGCGGCGGAGCCUCAGCUUUAGGCACUGGAGCGAGCCCGAGGCGCCGCGGAGCCCCGCGCUGAGCGGCGGGAGGCGCCACAGCAGCUCUGGAAGCCUGACUUGGGCGCCGGACGACGAGGUCGAGGCGGACGUGGUCCCGGAGCCCGUGGUCGGACCGCAGCCGGCGGCGGAGAAGCGCAACACCUUGGACGUGGGCGAGGUGCUCAGCAAGAACGAUGCACUCUCAGACCUGGAGCGCUGGGAGCGCAGCAAGAGCAAGAACCGCACGCUGGACAACAGCGACCUGCAGCGGCUGGAGCGCGCGCGGGCCGCGGCUGCCGGCCAUGGGGCCGCCUCGGAGCAUCGGCUGCUGCGUUUCUUCAGUGGCAUCUUCGCGCGCAGGGACGGCGGGCCCUCACCCCGCAGCGGCGCCCUGCGCUCUCGGGGUUACUUCAGCCUGCGGCGGGCCCCGGCCGACACCCACUCGUCUAGCGCCGAGAGCAUCGAGGGGUCCCCGCGCAGAGAUGCUUUCGUGAACAGCCAGGAAUGGACACUCAGUCGAUCAGUACCGGAGCUCAAAGUGGGAAUUGUGGGUAACCUGGCCAGUGGCAAGUCUGCGCUGGUACACCGGUACCUGACAGGCACGUACGUGCAGGAGGAGUCUCCAGAAGAUAUGGACGCAGGUGGCAGGUUCAAGAAGGAGAUUGUUGUUGAUGGACAGAGCUAUCUGCUGCUGAUUAGGGAUGAAGGGGGCCCCCCGGAGGCACAGUUCGCCAUGUGGGUGGACGCGGUCAUCUUUGUCUUCAGCUUGGAGGAUGAGAUCAGUUUCCAGACUGUUUACCAUUACUACAGCCGAAUGGCCAACUACAGGAACACCAGUGAGAUCCCAUUAGUGCUGGUGGGGACCCAGGAUGCCAUAAGCUCCACCAACCCAAGGGUCAUCGAUGACGUCAGGGCUCGGAAGCUCUCCAAUGACCUGAAGAGGUGCACGUACUACGAGACGUGCGCCACCUAUGGGCUCAACGUGGAGCGGGUCUUCCAGGAUGUUGCCCAGAAGAUCGUUGCCACAAGGAAGAAGCAGCAGCUGUCCAUAGGCCCCUGCAAGUCCUUACCCAACUCUCCAAGCCACUCCUCCGUGUGUUCUGCCCAAGUGUCCGCGGUACACAUCAGCCAGACAAGUAAUGGAGGUGGGAGUUUAAGUGACUACUCAUCCUCCGUCCCUUCAACCCCGAGCACCAGCCAGAAAGAGCUUCGGAUCGACGUCCCUCCCACUGCCAACACUCCAACGCCUGUCCGGAAGCAGUCCAAGCGCAGGUCCAACCUAUUCACGUCUAGGAAAGGGAGCGACCCAGACAAAGAGAAGAAAGGCCUGGAGAGCCGCGCGGACAGCAUCGGGAGCGGGCGAGCCAUCCCAAUUAAACAGGGCAUGCUGCUGAAGCGAAGUGGCAAGUCACUGAACAAAGAGUGGAAAAAGAAGUACGUCACUCUGUGCGACAACGGUGUCCUGACCUACCACCCCAGUUUACAUGAUUACAUGCAGAAUGUCCACGGCAAGGAGAUAGACCUCUUAAGAACUACUGUGAAGGUGCCAGGGAAGAGGCCGCCCCGAGCCACGUCUGCCUGCGCACCGAUCUCCAGUCCCAAAACCAACGGCCUGGCCAAGGACAUGAGCAGUUUACACAUCUCACCAAAUUCAGGGAAUGUCACUAGUGCGUCUGGGUCUCAGAUGGCAAGCGGCAUCAGCCUGGUCUCCUUCAACAGCCGACCCGAUGGCAUGCACCAGCGCUCCUACUCAGUCUCCAGUGCCGACCAGUGGAGUGACGCUACAGUCAUUGCAAACUCAGCCAUCAGCAGUGCCUUUUCCGGUUCGGCCGCAGACACGGGGCUGGGUGACUCGGUGUGUUCCAGCCCAAGUAUCUCCAGCAGCACCAGCCCCAAGCUCGACCCACCCCCCUCCCCCCACGCCAACAGAAAGAAGCACCGGAGGAAGAAAAGUACCAGCAACUUCAAGGCUGACGGGCUCUCGGGCACUGCUGAAGCCAAACGCAAAGCAUGGAAACUAAACCGUGUUGGUAGCCUGCGCAACAUAUACAGCAGCAGCAGCACCAACACCGAAGAGCAAGAAGAAAACUUGGAGUUUAUCAUUGUGUCCCUCACUGGCCAGACGUGGCACUUUGAAGCCACCACAUACGAGGAGCGAGACGCAUGGGUCCAAGCCAUCGAGAGCCAGAUCCUCGCCAGCCUGCAGUCGUGCGAGAGCAGCAAGAACAAGUCCCGACUAACCAGCCAGAGCGAAGCCAUGGCCCUGCAGUCCAUCCGUAACAUGAGAGGGAACUCCCACUGCGUAGACUGUGACACCCAAAACCCUAACUGGGCCAGUUUGAACUUGGGAGCCCUCAUGUGUAUCGAGUGCUCGGGGAUCCACCGGAAUCUGGGCACCCACCUCUCUCGGGUCAGAUCGCUGGACCUGGAUGACUGGCCCAUGGAGCUGAUCAAGGUGAUGUCCUCCAUCGGGAAUGAGCUGGCCAACAGUGUGUGGGAAGAGGGCAGCCAGGGACGGACGAAGCCCUCAUUGGACUCCACCAGGGAAGAAAAGGAAAGGUGGAUCCGGGCCAAGUAUGAGCAGAAACUCUUCCUGGCCCCAUUGCCAUGCACGGAGUUCUCCCUGGGCCAGCAACUGCUACGUGCCACGGCCGAGGAAGACCUGCGGACUGUCAUCCUUCUUCUGGCACAUGGGUCCCGGGAUGAGGUGAAUGAGACCUGUGGGGAAGGAGACGGUCGCACAGCACUGCACCUGGCCUGUCGCAAGGGCAACGUGGUCCUGGCUCAGCUGCUGAUCUGGUACGGAGUGGACGUCAUGGCCCGAGACGCCCACGGGAACACAGCACUGGCCUAUGCCCGGCAGGCCUCCAGCCAGGAGUCUAUCGAUGUGCUUCUACAGUAUGGCUGCCCCGACGAGCGCUUUGUGCUCAUGGCUACCCCCAACCUGUCCAGGAAGAACAACAGCAGGAACAACAGUAGCGGGAGGGCGCCCAGUGUCAUCUGAGCUCAGCCAACACUGCACCUGGGACCCCACGCCCAUCUGCUCCGGAAAUUGUAACACCACGCGAGUCCCUCAGUUCCCUCUCUCUUCCUGGUGGACGCCUUCCACCCACCUGCCACUCACUCACCCCACACGAAAUCUCCAAUCCUGGACAUCCUCAAGGGGAGAAGAGGAGGCUGCAGGCCACAGAACGGAACUCUUUCCCCACCCUCUGGAAGCAACAUAAGAGGGACCAACCACCUCCCGGCUCUGAGGAUAGCACAUGACAACGGGGACCCCUGUUCCAGUGGCCUGGAGACGGAGCAGGGGGAGGGGUAGCAAGGAGAAGGGGCAGCGUCCCCUAGCUGGCAGUUAAGCACAUCAGUACAUUUCACCUCGACCAAAAGGAGGCUUGGAUUUCACGUCUUCUCGGGGAAGCUUGACGGCAUAAAUCAGAAGCAAGCACAGUUUGUCAGGUCUGAAGCCCCUAUGAUGGUAGGUGUCAAAUCAGUUGUAGCUAAUCUGUCCAGGGAGAAUACCAGCUUCAUUACACUUGUAUAGUCGAGUUCCUCCAGCAUUACCGCUGUUUAAUAGAACGUGAUUAGUCAUCACCGGGAAGAAGGCAUAUUAGCCGAGGAGGUAGUUACACGGCACGCUCCGGUGAUUGCCACGAUAUGAUUGCAGUGCGCCUAGCAGCAUCAUAUUAUCCUAGACAUGUCUCUCCAGCCCUUGGAGCCCUCCUUUCUAAAUUCACUGUCAUAAUUUAGUAUCUGUUUAAUUUUUCAGUCCAAAGAGAGGAAAGCAGUUGCCGGGUAUUAUUUGACUUCAGUCCCCUUACUUGGUGCAAAAACAAAAUGGAAAAUAAAUAAAUAAAUAAAUAAAUAAGUAAAUAAAGAGUCACUUAGAAAUUCUAAAUGAAAUCAUGAAUUCGGCUGAAAACAGCUUUCAAAUCUGUUCCAAAACUAAAUACAUAAAAGACUUUUUUUUUUUUUUUCUAAGAGAUUUUUCUGUACUUUGGCCACAACGGAUGUGUCAGGCCUCAGCCACUCUCGGUCCACAAGGUCUGAAUUACCCAGGUUUCUGUCAUAGAUAAGAUGUGUGAAAAUCUAUUUGAAUAAAAGAAGUUCAUAAAUAUGCAUUGAUUUUUGCACAGACAAAUGGCACCCAUGUUAAUUUAUAAAUUGAGCUGGAUGGGAACUAAUAACGUGCAACUGGUUGAGAUCAGAGGGUUACAGAUCAUUGUCCAUGGGAAGCACUCCCAGCAGUGAACACUUCCAUUAAUGUGAUAAACAGCUUUUUAAAAGGUGCGUAUCAGAAUAAGAUGGUGGCACAAUUUGCUUAUUAAAGUCAGGACAGGAAGGGGGGAGGGGAAGGAGGGUAUGAGCCCUCAUGCCAGAGGCCAGUUUUAGAGCCCAGUUUUAGAGCCGAGACCAUCUUCCCAACCAAACCAAGGGGCUGUGGCAAGAAGGGGUGAUUUCUCAAAACACCUGACCCACAAAGGUACCCUGUGAGCAGCUGCUAGCGGCUCUGGCACAGCCAGCUCCUGAGAGUCUGUAGACUCCACACGGCAUGGCACGGCCCAUCCGACUCUAACAUCCGAUUUGCCAUCGUGGGUGACAGGGCUCAUCAGAUACCGGACACCUUCAGCACGGUGGUCAGAUAGGAACAUCAAACCGGGACACUUAUUUAGUUCUUAAAUAAAUUGGGGCAGCCUUGCCAGAGAGCCCCACCCCCUACCCCCGUGACAGUGUGGCAGGGAGAAGUCCAUCACACUGGAAGACAGGACGCUGGGCAGAGCCACCACCGGCAGCCUGUGGAGACACUCCCUACACUUAUAUAUUUGAACUUUAUAUUUUGUAAGAGUUUUUCCUCCUCUUUAACUUUUUAAAAAAACAAAUGUAAAGUAGAUGGGAAGGAAAGUGAAGCUUCACACAGCCUUUAUAUGUGGUGAGUGUCUUGUGGGGAUCUCCAGUCUGAGCACAGCCGGGACUGACCGGGAUCCAGAAAUGUCACAGAUGCGCAAGCCGCGGGUCUGAGGCCCCAGAGCUCAGUUCCAUAAGCCCUGCGUUUGGUUUCUCUUCCUGCUCUCCAUCACUGUGUUGUUACUUUAAAUGUGAAUAGAGAAAACAAGCUGUCAUUGCCUAUUUUUGAAGAAUGCGUUAGCAUCCGACCCCGCGGUCCGCAUACGCCUCCACGUAGCCUUUACCAUAGACUUCUAUAGAGAACACAGAUAGAGUAUAAAUGAGAUUCUUAAAUUAUUUCAGUGUAGCUAAUCCCCACUAGGAAUGCUUCUGUCGUAGGGGAGCCUACUUCAGAAAGGAAACGGAGUCCUUUGUGAGGUCUCUCCUCGGGGUGUAUAUGAGUGUGUACAUAUUACUGUGUGUUUAUAAUAUGAUAUUUUCCCGAAUGAUUCCUUGUUUCACAUCAUCCUCCACUGCCUGAAUGCGCAGUUGCUCGCUCUGGUUCCCUUCCCUCCCUCCCUGACACCAUCAGUUCUUCCUCGGAACACAUAGCCCCUCCCCUGCCAGUUUUUGCCAUGCUGAACUGUCCAAGAGUAGCCCACUUUCCAUAAGCCUGAGUUUUGGCAAUAGAUACAAGGGUGGUAGCGGAGCCUCCAGGGUCGUCUGUACAGAGGAAGGGGAGACUUGGCUCAACUGUACAGGUAUUUCACACCAGGUCCUUCCCUCAACAACAGCCUUCCUGUUCCCAUUUUCAUGAUGACACCAAGGCUGAGAGAAACAGGGACAGGGUUAUGGAUGGCAGUCCCAGUACCAAACACUUCCCCUAAUGCAGUGCGCUUUUUAAAGAGCACAUCAGAGUGAGAUAGUCGCCCGGUGGACUUAACUAAAAUCAAGAAAGGAAAUGGGAAGAGUCAGAGAAGCAGGUUAAGCCGGGAAACACGUGCGUUCUCACUCCUGACACUGUUAGAGCAGAGACCACGCUCCCGCCAGGCGCAAGGGACCUGGUGCAGCAAGCCCUCCUGUUAAAGGUGAAUCUCCUCUCUUGUUGAGAAGUUCCCAGCUGGGACCAGCAGCAAAGGGGCCUGUGACUUAUCUGUCAUUUGUCCUGGGGAGUCACUGAUAGAACCAGGCACAUGCCAGGCUCACCUGGCGCUACCUCUGCUGAGCUUCUGAUACCCUCCCCCAGGCCGUGAACAGUGUCAGGGGAGGGAGGGAAGCGUCAUUCUGAGAAAGCCCCUCUAAGGUUUUGUCUGGUUUUACAAAGAGCUAAGCACUACUCUCCUGCUGUCCCCAAGUGUCACUCAAGCCUAAGACUAGCCUCCUCUCCUGCAACCUCAUUCAUAUGCUGUUGGCUCAUCAAGCCUCCUUCUCCCUGCGGUUCCUACCAUGAGGCUGCUGGGGUGAACGUUCACACACAUGCGCGCGCGCGCGCGCAAGCUCAAGGAGCAUACAUGCUCUGUCAGUGCUCUCUCUUCCCAUUAACUUUAGCAUCAGAGCACCUCAGGCCUUGGGCUUCACUGCCUGUAUCCCGAGAAGCUUAGCCAGAGAGUGAACCCCAGGGCACUCUGUAACGUCCUCCUUCUCUGUCAAGACCCACAGUGAGUUUAUGUCUAAACUUGGUGAGCCGGAGACUUAACUGGCCAUGAGCCUUAUUUCUGCUCUUGGUUGCCAAGGUUUCUGCCCCUCCUUCCUGCAUUGACACUGUUUCAUGCCUGAGAUGGUCUCCCUCCUGGAGACGGCCCCACAACAGCACAGCUGGGAGGUGUGUCAUCAGGGCCUCCAAACUCCUGAGAGGCUGACAUCUCUGAGAAGCAAGCCCCUGUCUUUUGGUGGGCUCUCCUCAGCUGUCUGUCUCCAUCCUUCACACCCUACAAGGUCCCCAAGGCUUUGCUAGAAAUGCCCCCCAGGAUCAUAUUUAUGACUUUGAAGCAAACAAAUUAAAAAGCAGGAAGGAAUUGGAGGAAAUGUGACACGGAUGAACAUCUCUGCUUAAAAAAAA